AUGGUGAAGGCAGAUUUCGAUCGGGAUUACUAUGCUGAUCUCGAGAUUGAUUCAAGUGCUUCGAUAAAUGAGAUUAAGAAACAAUUUAGGAAACUUGCUCUCGUGUACCAUCCAGAUAGAAAUUUAGGAAAGGAAAGCGACAUUACUGCCAAAUUUCAAGCCAUUCAAUCCGCACACGAAGUCCUCACAGAUCCGUCGGAGCGACAAAGAUACGACGAUGCUCGAUCGAGGUUCAGAUAUACAUCAGCUUCAGCUUUCAGAUCUACGAAAGGAAAUCCUUAUUCAAAUUAUGGCUCCGAAUUCCCUCGUCCGCCCAAACCACCGCCAUAUCGACCCAAUAGAAAUCCUCCCCCACAAUCUGCUGGUGCUGCGAGAUAUUCGACGUUCACAACACCGAAACAAUCAGCCAGCGCAGCGGCACAAGAAGGGCCCGAGGCGAGGAAAAGUACGUUCAAUGCAUGGGAGAGCAUGAAGGGUCAUCAGAAGACACCAUCAUCCGGUUACAGAACUGGUUCAGGUCCGACAUGGAAUACACCAAAAGCAGCACCCAAAGAGUACAAUUCUCAACCAAGUCGCGAAGAGAGCAGCUUCAGGGGCUUUAAUGCACCUCCAAGAGCUAAGCCAGGAUUCGACGACUAUAUCCCCGACCCUCCACGAAAACCAAGUAAUCCUCCACCUCCUACACCAAAAAGAAAUGGAUUCAUGCCUAGCAAUCCGGGAGCGGAUGAGCCAUCUGCAGGAAAGGGCAAUUACUCUACUUCCCGUGUCAAUAGAAACAUGCCGCCACCACCGCCACCAAGAGACUCUCCAUCAUUCGAGCGGGAACGUGAGAAGGAGGAUACUCCACCUAAUGCUCCACCAGUCAAUCAUAAUACCCGUCCAUCGGCGAAGGUGAAUGAUCCUUUGCGACAAUUCAGGACCGAAGAAGAGUCACCAUACGAGCCUCGUAUCAGUACGCCAUAUGCCAGUGCCGGAGGGGAGAAGUUUGAUCCAUUUGACGCAGCCAAUGUAGCAAGGUCGAAGAGUACCCGAGAGAAUGUUGCUGAACCAAAAAGUAGAAAGCCUGUUCCACGUGCUGGAUCUGAUUCAAAUUUACCCUCCCCACGUCCAAAUGGUACUCCAAAGAGUAGCCCUCCCAAGACAACACAUGCAUUUGCAUCCUCCCCUGAUUCAUCGGAUUCUGGUAAUGGCCCAGAGAUCAAUCCCCAGAAACCACGGGUAUUUGCCAAGCCUAGAAAACCUGCACUCGCUCAAGAGCAAAAACAGCCAGAUGCUGCUCCCCCAGGAACAUCGAAUCAAAAUAAAACUCCAGCCCAGGAAGAGCCUAAACCACAACCUUCAAUGUAUGAUACAUCUUCUAAGUACACUGCUUCUGACUCCAAGGAGCCGCUCCAUCAUAUCAAGCAUGCAUCAUUCCCUGGAACCCCUUCGCGUCCACCCCUUUUCAACUCCAAAAGCAUGCAGGAUGCAUACAAAGAAAAGUACCCUGGUUCUUUUACUACUGCAAGAGAGCGUCCCACUGCAUCACCUCUUAGUGGAGGUUCUUCUCGUCCUUUAAAAGGGUCUCACCCUGGAGACAAAGACGAAUUAAAUCGCAACAGCGUUGAGUCUGCGAACAAACUGAAUUCUUUUGAGGCUGCUCAACACAAUCUCGUCGACCGAUUGGUAACCAACAAGGAACGGGCUCAGAAUUCUCGUCAAAAUGGUCCUGUAAAGCCAACGAAGAGUAUUAACCACCAGGUCCACAAUGAUAAGGCUACAUAUUCGUUCAAGUCGACGCCAGCUGAGACGAGUAACUUUGCCAAGAGGCCAAGUUUUGUCACUAAAUCUCAAUCUGCAUUUUCAGUUGGCGAUUCGCGUUUGAAUUCUUUGUUGUUGGAUAAAUUAAAUGCCCAUGCUAAUAGUAAUUCUCAUGAUAGCUUCUCUAUGAAACUGGAUGAUGAAACAUUCUCUCCAACUCGGCCUAAGAUCAAUACUACAUUUUCCUCUGAAGAGUGGCAUGGAAAGUUUGAAGCUGGUGGUGAUUAUUUUGUACCAGAACGUAAGAGUACUCAAAUCCCGGUUUCCUCCCAUGUCCGUGCUCAGUCAGCAAGUCGGCCAACAAGAGGUCGAUCUCCCGUUAAGAGCCGCUCAGCGGAUUCAAAACCUUUCCCGGCAUCAAGAGUCAAUUCGGAUACACCAAUCGAAUCCCCCGGUGGUACUAAGUUCUCUCCAGAGGACUGGGCAGAAAAAUUUAAGCCUCAAACAUUCGCUCCUCCGUCAAUCCUAUCGCCUACUAAGCCUACUGUUCCUACACGAAUUGGGUCUCGAAGACCAAGAGUGCCUAUCGCUAAGCCCACUGUUGGCUCUGCUGCGGUAGUCAUUGAAGAUGACAGCGCAGAUGACAAGCCGCUAUUUACUGGCAGAAACCCCAAGCCCCCAAAGCCCCCGGCUAGUCCAGAUGCAAUGGAUGUCGAUUCUCCUCCCCCAGCUACACCAGCUCCUCCGCCACAAGUUGCACCUCCACCAGCUGCACCUCCAGCAGGCCAGUCCACACCAGCUUCACCGCCAAAGGCUAAUGUUGGACUGAAGAUCAACACCGACCAACUCAAGAGAUCUGCAGCCCCAUCACAAUCUCCAAUUGACGCAGAAGGCCUGGGAGUCGAAUUUAAUGACAUGAACAUUCAAGAUCUUCUUUCUUCCCUCAACUUACCAAAGCCACCCACUGUUCCGAAGUAUACUCACGAAUCGAGCACAUCUUUGUCACAAGGUAUAUAUUUAUCGUCAUUUACAGCUUAUAUGGGUGACUGGGAUGUUUUUGCCAAGCGCAUGUUGCUACAUCUCCUCGCACGCAAGAAUCAAAACGAUGGACUAGGAUCAAAUCGUUGGGAAAAUCCCCAGGGUCUCGACAUCUACAGACGUGGUCUCAAGGAAGAUGGGGCAGUCAUGAGUCACUGGGUCGCAGCGAUGGCAAGUCAUGAUCAAGCCAUGAAAGAAUUUGCUAUUCACAAGGAGCGUUUCAACAUAGCAGAGGGUCAAGAGAGGGAGAGACCAAGAAAGAAGACACACUAA